AUGUUGACUCUCGUCGACUGUGUUCGUCCAAAUUCUUCGGACGUAGAGGAGCAGCCGAUCCAAACCGUCAGUGCAUCGCUCUCUUCAAGUUCAACAGAAUUCAAACCUUCACGACAUGUCCCAGAUACUAUUCGCCCCAGUCACAGUCGCCGCGCGAGAAUCGAGUUCCCGGGUGAGCCGAUGUACCGGUGCUUCUCUUGCAAAAAGGAUAUUCCUGUUGUUGAUUGGCGUCACUACUCGAGAUGCAAAGAAAGAAAGGAGGCGGGUCCUUGCAAGUUCUGUCGUCAAGGACGAACGGACAGGCCAAGUGAGCAAGAUGUGAACAACUGCAACGGAGGCUUCGAAUAUUCGGUUCGCGAGGAAGACGCCUCAAUUUUCGAUUUUCAACUCUGCAAGACACAACUGGAAUUGUUUUUCAAAAACAUCAAAGAGGAAGUUCUGGCCGAUUUCAAACGGUCAAUGGUCGAUGGCAGUGGAUUCCCGUUCAUCUGCUUCGGAUGCACAAUGGAUACUAAAUCCAAAUGUUACUCAUGUACGGCUAAUCUUCCGGGACCGACAUUCUUGAAUAAGAUGAACAAUUUCAUCGACAACGCAAUUCUUCCAACGUAUAUGCUUUAUACGGAGUCGUACAAAGACGCAGAAGAUGCUAUCGUAGAGAAGGAGUAUGAGGAAAAGUGGAAGAUCGCCAACCCAACCCUGGAGUACAAAAAAGAGAAAGCUCGAUUUGCUCUGAUGAGAAACGCAGCUUGGUGUAAAGCGGAUAUUGCUCGUUCACGUGAGACAUUUGUGAAGCUUUUGAAGGAGUUUCGGGACAAGUACAACAUGGAAACACUCAAAGAGAUCUCAUCGAUCAGAAACAAUCACGCCUUCAACACUCAACGUGCCAUCAUUGGACCACCGGGAAGAAUGAUUGCAUCUGCUUAA